AAGAGAUAGAUCAUAUUAGGUACAAAUUAGCAGUGCUUGAUUGUAAACUCACAAAUUCUGGCUUUAAGCCUUUUUUCUGUGGUUAGAGAGUUAUUAAGUUGUUCACAACCUGCAGGAUUUUUCAUCAGUAGAAGCAUUUAAUGUUAUUGUGCUUAGUUCAUACCUGCGUUGGUAAACUCUGCUGUGUGUGGGCAAGCCAAUCUAGCUUUUUUUCUUCUCCCUGGAUGCCUUGGCCCAGUGGCCACUUGAAGGGCAAUAACUUGCUCAUUUUCCCACUUAGAAGAAUGUGCCUGGUUAACACCCAGGAAAGACCUGACUUGGCCUCUUCAUUUCUGGUGUUUACUGUACCUGAAAUGUUUUUCCCUGGUCUUAUUUUUGGAGGAAGGUACCUGUCUCCACCCUACAUUAAUGUUGCUUUAUGUGUUUUUGUACCCCUGUGUUUCUCUGUGAAAAUUCCCACAGAAGUUUUCCUACAUGGAAACAGUGUUUGACAGUCUGUCUUCAGUUGGUAUCAUUCUACGUCUCCCAAGUUAUUCUUUUGUCAGGAGAGUGCAGAAGUAUGUUAGCUAGCUCAGUGUUGUUAAUGGAGGUCCAUUGUUAGGGAAUAGAUGAAGCCAGUAUACUGAGCAACAAAUGCACGUGAAGGGCCAACAGCUUAUGUUCAGUUUUGUCCAGAAUGCAGUGACAGAGAGCCUUUCACGGGUGCCUUCUUGAGACCAUUAAAGGAGCCAAAACACUACAGCACCCAUGUUUCCUUGGAACUCUUCUCGGAGAACUGUGUCUCAGAAUGCCUUAGCUGGACUUGCUCACCAGUUUCUGAAAUGGAGUGCUGAUGUCCAUCCAUGCUCCACUCCCUGGUCUGACAUCUGGCUUCCUACCUGGAGUAGGAACUUCGUUUCAGAUCAAACCUGUAGUUUUCUUUUUCUGCUUAGAAACAGAGCAGACAGCAGAAGAAACGCACUUCUUUCCUGCAUACUUAUCAUGCAACACAAUGCCAGUGGUAAGACUGCAGUAACUAAAGGACUUCUCCUCACAGUUUAUUUAUUUUGUGUGAAUGUGUGUGUAUGCAUGUGUGUGGGCACAUACUUGCAAGAGCACAUUCGUAAAAGUUAGAGGACCAUUUAAGGAGUUUAUUCUCUCUGUCCACAUUAUGGGUCCCAGGAAUUGAACUCAGGUCUGCAGGCUUGAUGGCAGGUGCCUUUACCCAUGGAGACAUCUCACUGGCCCUAAAGGGUUUAUUCUAAUAAAUAAUUCCCUGGCUUUGGUAUUCAGCAAAAUAGAAAGUAGAUGGAUGGCUAAAUGUUAGUACCACUUUUAAUGAUGGGGUGCAGGAAUGCUUUUAUCUAGGAAUUGCUAAAGUCAUACUUACCUUUAAUUCACUUCCUUUCAAGUUACCAUUGGGCAGUAGUGCUUCUUUGCUGGGCAGCUCCCAGUGAGGCAGUCAGCAGUCCUAAGUGGGCGUUAUCCUCCCUAAGUUUUGCCGUGUUACAAUGUUACAUGUUUCAAUGUUACAGUGAAGCCCGGAAUGGACAGAGAGACAGUACACAGUUUGACUGUAGCUCCCAUGUAAGACUUAGGUCUACUUUGUUGAUAAUAAACUGAAUAUUGAUGAUAUUUUUAAAAUUAUGUUAGCUCAUUGGCUGAUUCCUAAAGUCAACUAGAGCCUGGUAUCUCAGAGUUAACUGCCAUGCUUACUCAGUUUUUAGAGUAGAAUAAACUCAAAAGUCAAGUAGCUUUAUGGAUGUCUUUAAAGAUAGGUACAUGCAACUUUGGUUUUUACUGUGGUGUGUUUGAAAAACGACUCCGUUAUUUAUAUCAUUUUGGAUGUAGCAGGUUAGGAGAUGUAAUGCUACUGCGUUAUGACAUUGUAGACAUUUUAUAGUUCAGAGGCAUUGGGAUUCAGGGGCUCCAUGUUGUUUGUAUCCUACAGAGUGAUGUUUUUCUAGAUUUUAAGUCAGUGAGUGGCUGGGGUUUGAGUCAUGGAUGUUUGAUCUGUGCUGUUUCCUAAUAAUGUGAUUGACAGAAAGUGCUGUGAGGAAACCAUUGAGAGCUCCAAGCCUUUUGCUGCAUUACUUUGGCCAUGUUGCAAAAUGUACUUGAGGCUUGCUUGCUCGUUUCCCUGGAUAAAAGAAUUCAUUUAUUUACCAGUAGUGGGGUAGCAGCUCCUCAAGUUUGUCAUACAUACGUGGCCCCUAAGACCAGGACAAAGUGAAGAGACCUGUUUGAACUUGGUUAAAGUUAGGGGCUGAGAGAUGGCUCAGUGGCUAGGAGCACCUGCUGCUCUUCUAGAGGACCUGAAUUUCUUUAACAUUUGUACCCUAGCAGAUAAUAUGUAAUUAAUAACUUGGUUGAAUAAAGAAGUGAAUUGGUAUAUCCUAUGUAGAGUUCUUUACAAUAUUAUCUUUUAAAAAUUGAACUGUAGGAAUUCACUUUUGUGGUUGACUCUCAGUGGUCUUGUUACAGGAAGAUAAUUUUUUGUUAGCAUUUUGAAUGAGAACAUACAUUUUACAUUGCCUCUAUUUAUCUGUUGUGCUUAGGGACUUGGAGCUGCACAUUUGAUCAUCACUGACCUGACUCUCACAAGUACUCAUAAAGAACUGUUAUUGAAGAGAGGCCCAUAUGAUGGCACACGAAAUGGAAAGAAAGAAAGAAAAGAAUGACUGAAGAAGAUAGCACUUCUAAAUGCAAGUGCCAGAAAAAUCACAGCUCAUCUCAGUGAAUUUGCAAGUGGAUUGUCUUCCCUGUGGGUUGGCAGGCAGUUUUAGGACUGCAGAAUGGGUCUUCGGAUUCACUUUGUUGUUGACCCUCAUGGUUGGUGCUGCAUGGGUUUGAUUGUCUUUGUCUGGUUAUACAAUAUUGUUAUAAUUCCCAAAAUUGUCCUCUUUCCUCACUAUGAAGAAGGACAUAUUCCUGGCAUUUUAAUAAUAAUAUUCUAUGGCAUUUCCAUAUUUUGUCUGGUUGCCUUAGUGAGGGCCUCCCUAACUGAUCCUGGAAGACUCCCUGAAAAUCCCAAGAUCCCACAUGCAGAGCGGGAGCUGUGGGAGCUGUGCAACAAGUGUAACUUGAUGAGGCCGAAGCGCUCCCAUCACUGCAGCCGCUGUGGCCACUGCGUGAGGAGGAUGGACCACCACUGUCCCUGGAUAAACAACUGUGUGGGUGAGGACAACCACUGGCUUUUUCUGCAGUUGUGCUUCUACACUGAGCUGCUUACCUGCUACGCUCUGAUGUUCUCUUUCUGCCAUUAUUAUUAUUUCCUGCCACUGAAAACACGUAAUUUGGACCUCUUUGUUGUUCGGCAUGAGCUGGCUAUCAUGAGGCUGGCGGCCUUUAUGGGCAUUACUAUGUUAGUGGGAAUCACUGGACUCUUUUAUACACAACUGAUUGGAAUCAUCACAGAUACAACAUCUAUUGAAAAAAUGUCAAACUGUUGUGAAGAAAUAUCGCGGCCCCGAAAGCCAUGGCAGCAGACCUUCUCAGAAGUUUUUGGCACUCGUUGGAAGAUCCUGUGGUUCAUUCCUUUCAGGCAGAGGCAACCACUGAGAGUUCCCUACCACUUUGCCAAUCACGUCUAAACAGAUGGAUGGUGGGCACAGAUGGGUCCUCCAUGCUGGAAAUGCAUGUUACAGGUUUUAUGAGAAUAGAACUAUGACAGUCUUCAAGUCAAUUAAAAUCCACCCACCAAUCUUAGGCAUCAUAAUGUGCCCCAGGCUUCAUUUUAAUAGUGAUCUUGAUCCUGUUGUGGGGCUAAUACAUGAUCUAUAUUUAAGUUUUAAAAGCAUGUUUACUUUUAAAUUAGCCUUGCACCAGGAUUCUUUAAAUGCUUCUGUUACUAGACUCAAAGGCAGUGAUUGGGAUAAAACAAUGGUACAUAUGUUUUCUUCAGUACUCGGAAUAUUUUAAAAUCUAGUUUAUAGAAAUUUGAGAUGUUUUAUGUUUACCUUUAAGCAGUACUAACCAAAUUUGAAUUUAAUUCUUCAAGUUUACAAAAGUGGAUACUUUGUUAUGUGUAAAUUUUCCUUUUUUGAAUAUCAGUUAAAAUGAUGUUACUACUUGCUUUUGAUGUGCUGCAGGGUUUUUACAGUGCAGUGAGCAGCAAGGCGCAGUGGCUGCCUGGGAGCAGCUCUCGGAUGCUCCUCUUUCCUCCUCAGCAGCCACAGACGACACCACGGGUGUAGCGCACCAACUACUACCUUACUGUAAAGGAAAGAUGCUUUUCUCUUCUGCAGCAGUCAUUGAUUGCUAAUAGAAUAUCUGCUCCCAGGAGACAUUUGUGACCAGUCAGGCAUAUAUUCCUGUUUUACCCUAAGAUUCUAAUGACUGAAGAGGGUAGGAAGUUUGCAAUAAUUCCAGUUACUUCUUCAAGUGCAGUUAUAGUAAAAAGCAGAUGUUUUAAAUGCUCAACUGGAUGGUGUGUAAUGUACAGUGUAAAGAGGAAAACUGCUUUUAAAGUAUGUAUACUUUUAUUUAUCUGCCACUCGAUCUCACUGUGCACAUUGAAGGUUUAUAUAUUGUAGAAUAGAUGCUGCUCAACUUAUAUCAAAGUUUAAAGUAGGUCACAAAAUUCAUAUACCAGUAAUCACCCCAGUUAAAAUUGAAUUUGCAUUGGCCAGUUCUAAUUUGUAUCACUCUAGAGACCUUUUAUUAAUGUCAGGAUAUUAUUGUAAUCUACGGUAGUGAUGGUCCCUUAACAACAUGGGUCUAUUGUAUGCAAAGACAUUUCAUAUGAGUUAAUUUCUUUUCAUUUAGAAUACUGAAAAUGUAUAUGUUUUGUGUGCUUGGUGACCUUUUCCCUGAAAAGAAGUUGAACAAAUCUACCAUUCUUGAACCAUAUACAUACUUUUCUUAUAAGAGUUGUAAAGUAAGGAAUCAUAGCUGGGAAAUACUGUGGCUAGUUCUUUCAGAUACUGUAAAUGUCUUAUAAGAUAUUCUGAGUAGAAUAAUCUCUUUGCAGAAAUAUUAAUACCAUAUUUUCAUGUUCUGAUAAUUAUGUUUGUUAUUUAAAAACUUAGAAGUGGCAGAUGGAAGCAUUUAUUGGUGCUAAGACAUAUAGCAAGUUUAAUAUAAGAAACAUUUAUAAAGGUUAGGAAACCUACAAUUAGUAUGUUUUAGUCUAGGCAGAGGGUUGGAUUUAUGUAAGCUGAUUGACUAAGUUGGCUGGUGACAGUUACUAAAGGGGAGUGGUGUAUAUCUAAUGUGGGGAGGUAGGCGUCGAAUGCCUGCCUUCAGCUGUGUAUGUUCAGUUCACUCAAGACCUGGAGCAUCCACAGCAGAGCCAAGUGCAGGCCCAGUGUGGAGCUCCGUAACUGCAUGUACUUCUGGAGCAGAGUGGCUCUGACACAGAGGCAAUGGGGAGGGAUGAUCACUUCCCCAUCUGGGGGUCUGUGGAUUUGGUUUGCUUAUAUUUACCACUUCUGGGCACAUCAUCUUCCCUUUCUCUUUGUUCUCCCUGGUCCUGACCCGUCUCUGCAGAAUUUCCUAAGUAGUCAUUGGACUUAAUACACAGUUUGACCUACAGAAAUGCUAUUAUUGAUGUAUCUAUAAGAAUCUAUAUUGCAGUGUACCUAUAUAUACUCACACAGUAUUGUCCAAUGUAUGUGUCUGACCCCACGAGGGGUUUGCAAUCUAUUUAGAUUCCUAGGGAAAAGCCUGUUGGCCAUUUCCUAGGGAUUAAGCUCCUAUGUUCUUUCUGCGCCCUCUUUUGGCUAAUUGAUGUAAUUAUUCUGGCUCUAGAGGCUUUUACUAUCCUGUUAGUGGGUUGUAUCGCCAAUCUAGGAACGUGCCAGAGGUGUACACUUAUAGGAACAUAUGUAUAAAAGUGUAAAGUUUUAUAAACAUUGAAAAUGGAUGUGUUACUGUUGGCGAUGUUCCUUCUAGGUGAAGUGCUCAGCUGUAUGUAUGUAUAUUCUUGUAUACUUUUUACUGUCGCUCACAAGUUCAGAUUAGGGUAAGCUAGUUCUUGAUUUUACUUUAAACCUUAUUGUGGCAACUUAUUUUGUUAGCAUUAUAAAAACUUACUUAAAAUACUAUUUUAUUAAAAGACGAAACAUUUAUUACAGUUGCUGUGGUAACUGUGUUAUCCGGUAUGUUUUAUUGAGAAUUUAAAAAAGUACAUGUAGUUUUUUCAAUUCAAUUUUGGGAUGGUCCCCUUCCACACAUACACAGGCUCAAUUGCCUUAAAAUAAUUAGUAAUUGGUUAAUAAUACUAUUUUUUCUUUGCUUUUUAAAAAACCUUCUCAGUGAGAAUUAACCCUGUAGAUUCAAUAGCCCCUUUCCUCUGAGUAACGGAGGGCAUACCUGCCCGUGUGGGGUCUUAGGAGGCAGUGGAGCAAGGAGAUGGCUCCUUCUCUAUAUUACAUUGAAGCACAUAGAAACUUCCUUUUUAAUUAGCAAAAUGUGGGUCAAAAGGUAUUUUUACAUUAGCAAAGUCACCUCUUGGGAUUCUGCAGUUCAAAUGUUAAUACCAGUUCGCAAAUACUUGGUAAACAAUUAGAGUUGGGCCUGCAAGGUGGUUCAGUACAUAAGGGUGUUUGCUGUGCAUGACUGGUGACCAGAUUUUGGCCCAUGUACCCACUUAGGUGAAGAAGGAAAAACGAAAGCACCUGACUCCACAGAAUUGUCCGCUGACCUCCACAAACAUGCCUUGGCACUCAUGCCCUCUCCCCCAUCAUCAUCAUUCAUUUAUUCAUUCGUUCGUUCAUUCAUUCAUUCAUUCAUUCAUUCGUCUCACACACCACACAUUAAGUUUUGUGAUAUCUAACAAGCUUGAUGUUGGUAACAAAGGACCGAGUUCAAAAUCUUCUAAACAUUAAACAGUCUCUAAGGAGUCUUUGUUACCAGACUUCCAUUUCAAAUUACUAAGCUAGCUGAUGUUACUUGAAAAUAAAAACCUAUUUUGUUUUAUAAGUUAUGUUUAAAAUGUUUUAGGUAACAUAAAAGACAUUUAAAAUUGUAGCUAACAGGGUAACCUCUUUUUCAGAAGACAUUUUACUUUUAAUAGUAAUAAAGUAAGGGUCCAUAUGUACCUCAACAAUAGAGUGCACAAGAUGCCCAGGAUUUAAUUCCAAGAAUCAAGAAAAGACAGGAAGAGGGUAUAGAGCAUAGCUGUACCCUAGAUGCAGAAGAACUGAGUCAAACAUCUCAGAACAUUUCAUUAAUGUGCAUAAGUGGUUCCUUUAAGGAUGGUGGCUCAUUCUAGCUAUUCUUAAUGAGACUUUGAGCUAUUUCCAUAUAAGUAACUAACUAUUUUGCUCCAAAGAUAUAUUAAUUCUAAACAGUAAUCACAAAGACUCAAAUUAAGAAUACACUUCCAAAUAGGAGAUACAAAUGAGUUUAUAUGAAAGCCACAUAGUUUUCUGUGUUAGUUCAUGGUUAGUUUGAGUGUUCUUACAUGUAUUGCUAAAAAAAAAAAAUCACAAUUUGUCUUGCAAUGGCUUAACAUGGUACUAAUAUUCAUUAGUAUUAUGCUAAUUUCUCUCUAGUCUGUCUGUUCUCUGGGUAGUUCUCUUGUGUGACACAUAUCAGUAAGUAGAUAGCCUAGCUACAGUUCACUACACUAUCAUACUUGAUUAUGUAAGUUUUUGACAUGACCUCUACUAUACAUACAUAUAUUGGAAAUUUAUUACAAACAUUAUGUAAUUUACUAGUAGCUAAAACAUUAGACUUUCACCCACCUCUACUAAUGCUUUGAGAAUUACAAAUGUUGACAGAUGGAGUUAGUAGGUCCUGUAAACUUACUGCGUUCUACUUGCUAGUGUUAUUGACCAUUUAAUUAGCUAAGCAGUGAGAACGUGGUCCAGUACCCACAUCUGUCAUUGCCUUCUGGGGUAGGAACCAUACUCGGAACUUAGUUACAAAUAAAAAUUUUAGUAUAAUUUAUGCUUAGCUGUUCUUAGAUUCUACAGUAUUUUACAGUAGAACAUGGGAAAGUAUUAGAAGCUGUUUACAUGAAGUACUUUGUACCAGUACUGUCACUGAGUAUAUGAACCAAUAUUAGCAUUUCUGCUACCUUUGAGAUGGUGAUGACUUAACUUCAAGAAGUGACUUUUCCCACUUUUUUCCAUUACCUUUAUGCAUUUUUAAACAAAAUUUAUUUUUUAAAAGCUGUUUUGUUAAGACCAAUAAUAUUUUUAUCAGUUCUUUUAUCAGUUGUGGCAAUAUUAUCUGCUAGUGAUAAUUUGAAGCAAAUUAUUGUUAUUAUUAUUAUUAUUAUUAUUAUUAUUAUUAUUUGGAGACAGGGUUUUACUGGCUUUGCCACAUUCUGGGAUCAUGGGCAUAUGCUGCUGUGCUUGGCUCAGUGCUUAAAAUUCUUAAGUCAUUGGUAGUACUGAUCUUCCAAUGUCAUAUCUCUUGCUAUAUUACAGCUUUCCCUGUGUCUACCCUAGAGUUCAGGUACCAGUGAGUAAUAUUAUUAAAAACUAGAUUAAGAAAGUCAGGGACGUUAGUGAGAUGGAGCGAAGGCCCAAGGACAUGAGUAGUCAGCAUCUGAAAAGAGCUGACUGGAGACUGAACUGUCCUGGCCACCUCCUCCUCGUCCCCGCUGGCACCAUGUCCCUGUAGAGCUCUGUGACGUGUGUAGAUAGCUGCACAGUCACUCUGGGAAGCAUUUGGUCUGAGCUGUCCCUUCUUCACUCACUGUCCUCCCUCCUUGGCUGGCCCGAUGCUCCUGAAAGAUUAUUUUUAACGUCAGGUGAUUGUGAGGGUCAGUUCACCUCAGGCAUUUUUAGCACGCACAUGUUAAACUAUCAUGGAAGUGUAGCUGUAGUAAAAGGAGAAGUGAUAGCCUGCUCAAAGUUUAAAAAGAACUGGAGCCUGUCCGAGGAGUCCUAUAGCAAAGAAAGAAUACCCAGUCACCAGAGAAAUCAGCAACUGUUAUGAAGGAAGGGAUCUGUUGGUGUUCAUGAGACCCUGGAGGCCUUCUUUUCUGAAGCCCUUAUUCCCUCACAUGUACAAGUAGUGCUCUCAUAGUUGCUCAAUAACUAAUUACACGUAUAAAACACUUUUCAUCUCAGUAGCUUUAUACACAGAGGUGUAGCCUGAGCACCUGUGACCGCAGGCAUGCUCCUCUGUGCUUUGCCUGCCUGCCUCAGUCAGCACACGGUCUGCUUGUUUGUAGGCUGUCAGUCAGAGGGAAGACGCAUCUGCAUACUGAUAGCUCUGUGUCCAAGCCAGUGUGGAUGCAUGAUAUUUUUAACCUACUCGUGCCUGAAAUUAGAGUUUUACAACCUGAACAGUUAAAACAUCCUGGUGCUAUUCACAUUAGCGUUGAGUUACAUUUUUAAUUCUUGAACCAAAGAGCAGUUUUCUUUUGGUUGACUGAGAGCUUCUUAUGUUCGUGUCUGAAGAAGUGAACAGUCUUGACAGCUUACAUUCAGCAGAGUCAAUUGAAAUGAAUCUACCUAGACUCAUUUUUAUUUUGUUGUGCAGAUUAGUGUGGGCUUUACUUUUGUACUUAUGUGGCUACUUUAUAAGGUAUUUCAAUAGGCUGAAGCUACUGAAGAUUAGAGAAUCACUUUUCAAAAGUUCCCCCCUCCCUUGGUCUUCUUACUUCAGCAGUGAAGAAAAAAUUAUUUCUAUAAGCAAAGUAAUUCUAUUGGACACUUUUAACAUUUGCUCAACCAGAUGCUAAAAUAAAGGGCAAAUAAUGGGUCCAUUUUUAUUUACAAGUCAAGAAUUUAGUAUCUCUGUGUGUGGGGGUGUAUAAUCCGUAAUGGCUUUAAAUAAUGAUACAGGUAUUUGCUUAUUUUGACAAUGAGAAUGAAAUUAAAAGACACUUUAAAACAUAAAAAUCACAAACACAUGCAUACACAAACACUUUCCCAGUAGGAGGCCUAAAGGUACAUUGAUUUAAGCCAACACCCUGACAGUUGAACUUCACAUCAAAAGCAGUUCCGCUGCUCACCAUAUGUGAAGAUUAGAGUUUGAUUGUUUUACAGACUAAUUUUUUCAGUGAUUUAUUUUACAUAGCUGGCAGACCAGAGUCCUGGAUAGAUCGUCCAGCUGUGGUACCGCUGCUCACGAUCGACUUCCCUGUGCUUCCCCUGAAGCUCUACACACACUUAUCAGUGUUUCCUCAGAGAGAAGCUGCCAGGGCUGAUCGCUCAGCCAAGCAAGUAACCAUGCAGCUGACUGGGAAAGUAGACAGUCGUGGAAAUGCUUGUGUCGUUUCCAGCAGCUUCAGUCUGUGUCUCCUUCUGAAUGAAAAAAAAAAAAAAACCAAUCAAUCCUAAAACUUGAAAGGUGACGAGCUCAUGAGCAUGAGGUGUUUAUAGAUGAGCAGUUAGACAGGAAGCAGGGGAGGGCAGCACUGUGGCUCUUGUGAGAAUGUUGCCACUGGAGUGUGUCUUAAUAAGCCCAUUGCUUGUCCAUUGCUUAAAAGGCAGAGUGUAGGAAAUUUUUCUCAAGUAGGAAAAGAGAGAAUUUGCCACUGCUUGCUGUCUCCUGGUGUGAUUAUUAAAAAGCAAAGAAAAAACCAACAUAAAAUAAAAGCAACUAAAGAUAUAGAAAGAAGAAAUUCAUCCCCAUCAGAGAUUUUCGGAUGAAUGGGUUGUAAGCCCAAGGACAGACAGAGGAAAACAGAGUGCAGGGAAUUAGUCUGGCUAGUUUAAUCACUAACAACACCUGUGUCAUUCUGAUGCUCCGAAAACUUGCUAUCUGCUCCAAUUCUCACACAUCCCUAAUUGAAAAACACUGCUUGAGUUUUAAUAAUGAUGUGUACUGUAGGUACCUAGGAAGACCCUGUCUUGAAAGUUGCUGGGUGUGCUUUUCAUUCAGCUAAACUAUGUGUACGUCUGAGGGCCGUUCGCCUGCCUCGUCUGCUGUUUUGUUUUUGUCUCUUAGCCUAGGAAAUCUUCACUAACAUUUCCAGUGCUAGUGGUAAUAAGGAAGAGAGUGGGUAAGAGACUUGUGAGCACUCUGAGGAGAGGGAGGGAGUUGACAGGUGGGUGGGAACUACGAGGUAUAUGUAAUUGUUUAGAUGAGAUGUCUACACUGGUUCUUCUAAUGAAAAUGGACUAUGUAUCUACCUUAAGAACAACAUUGCUUUUAAUAUUUAUUUUAGUGAUUUUGUUUUAUUCAUGUGAUACUCUAUAUUCUUUGCAAAUUGCUUUUAAUUUAAAUUGUGGAAUUUUUACUUCUCUUGAAAUGUACUAUGUACUGUAUUUUUAGAAAUCUUAUUUUUAAAUAAAUAUUUUUGAAAAACA